CACAAAAUCGAACAUCUAGUUAGAGUUUGUUAAGACCAUUAACAACUAUCUCCCAUUCUAAAUUUUUACAUCCAGCAGCUGGUUUCAGAAAUUCCUUCUGGUCUCAUCUGAAAGUACCUCGAUUCUGGAGGAAAGAUUAGGGUUGUGCAGCUAACACAGGAGAUUCUUUCCUUCAUUGCAGGAAUAGUGACUAAGGAUCUAUCAAUCGUUGGCAUUGAGAUUUCAUGGACCUGACCUUUAUUCUCGUGUUGCUUACAAUAUUCUCGGGGACUCGUGACUUUUCCAUCGCAAACAGCUUUGGACGUUCAACUGAGAAACCCUGAAAGUGACAGAAGCCGGAGCUGCCGGGAACAGGUCCGGGGCCGUCCGCCCGCUUGGAUAAACUGUUUGCUGUGGCUCCCACCAUCUGUUUGCUAAGACAUCCUGGAAAAGUCAGGAAUUAAGCCACAGUGGUGACAAGAGAGAGCACUGAACAAAUUAAGGGCAUGCAUGCCCAGCCUGUACUUCUAACUGCAUUGUUAAGCGGUGGAGCAACCUUUCCUUAUGAUUCACCUUUCUGGAGUUUUGCUAGCCAUUUUAGGAAAUUUGGUAAUGAGUAUUUCCCUAAAUAUUCAGGUAGUGCCAUUAUUUCUGUUAUGUUUCUGAAAGAAAACUUAAGAGCUUCAGAUUUACUAGGUAUGACCUUGGCAUUUGCAGGAACAUAUUUAUUGGUGAACUUUGCUCCAAACAGAAGUCAGUCUAUCUCUGCAAGAACAGUACACUAUUACUUUGUUGGCUGGCAGUUCCUGAUCUAUGUGAUUUUAGAAAUAUUAAUUUUCUGCAUUCUGCUGUAUUUCCAUAAGAGAAAGGGAGUGAAGCACAUGGUGAUUCUGCUAACCCUGGUGGCACUUCUCGCCUCAUUGACUGUAAUUUCGGUAAAAGCAGUCUCAGGCAUGAUCACUUUUUCUGUGAUGGAUCAAAUGCAACUAACUUAUCCCAUCUUCUAUAUCAUGUGUAUCAUUAUGAUAGCAUCUUGUGUUUUCCAAGUCAAGUUCCUGAAUCAAGCUACAAAACUCUACAACACAACAAUGGUGGUGCCAGUCAACCACGUCUUCUUUACGACCAGUGCCAUUAUAGCAGAAUCUUUUGUAGGAGGACCAACAGGGCUGGAAUCUCAGUACUCAACACACCAAGUAAUUGAUGAGUCAGGGAGGCUGGAGCUUUCUGGGAGUGAUCAUUCAUCUGCUGUUGAAGUAUGGAAUGGAGGUAUCAUAUUUUAUCAGGAGUUCCUUGGUGCAGCUUUUGUAACUGUAUUUAUAUAUUUUUUUGGGUGUUUUCUGUCGUUCCUUGGUGUGUUUUUGGUCACAAGAAGUCGAGAAAAGGAACAUCUGCCACAGUCCUACAUUGAUUUUGGAAAUAUUCCUGGGAAACAAAUGUUGGACAAAAUACAACCAGAUUCAAAUGGCUUAUCCUAUGGAACUUUGCCUGAUGGAAGUGUCUCAACAAAGAGCCAAAGUGGAGAGAAGAAAGAGGACUAAAAUGCCGAGAGGGAUGGCUGCUGGCCUGCUAUUCGAUACCACCUUUAAAAAAACUGCAUAUGUUCCAUUUGUGUCCACAGCUAUUUUGUGCUGACAUGUGCUAGCAUUACACAGCCCUUUAUCCCACCUCCUUUUUUACAGACAACCAGGCCUUCCUAAGCUCUGACAGUCUAAUGUCUUCAUGGAAUGUAAUUUGAAGUGUUCCCCACACCCUGGACUUCCCCCUUGUGAACAUCUAACCGGCUAGAUUUUAAUUAGACCCUGGCUCCCCAAGCAGGACUGUCACACAAAAAUGUACAUUCAUGAUUUUGGCUCCAGAACACAUAGGCUGCCUUUCCCACAUGACUUAUAGCAUCAGCUGCCUUACUUUAAAAGAGACAUGUUCAUCCCACAACCUCACUCCUGUACCAAAGGUUUGAGAACAUUUGUUUCUCCUACAACAUCUUUUAUGAGCCUCCCCCAUAAGGAUCUCACCUUUCUAUUCCUAAGUUAGAACGGUGAAUCAUCUUUUCUGAAAGUGAGCCCUAUUGUAACUGUCCUUUGAAAAUUAAGGGUAUCUUUAAAAUUAGAGUUUUGUAAGUGGCAUUCUGUGAUGAUGUAUACCUUGGCUAGUGAACUUUUUCAGAUUAAGAAAGGAGCAAUUUAAGAAUUAAGACCCAAUUUUUCAAAAAAUAUAGAAUGAACAUUUUCUUCAGCUAUAUGAUCCUAUUAUACUUGAAACUGAAAACUUCAUAUCCUGUGCUUAUAUAUGUGUAGUUCUUAUGACUUACCUAGUGGGUUUAUUAUGUUUUAACUCGACACAAGUCUCAAAAAUUGUAUUUAAAUUCUUAGUGUUAUUUUCACUAGGACACCAUUUCUUCCCCCAAUUUAUUAUCCCAAGCUUUAUAAACUCUUCUAGGCAAAAGUACAGCUAUGAGUAGAGAACUGGAUUUUAGCCAUUUAAAUCUGUAGACGUAGCCAGGUGGCGCAACCUGAGUCUAGAGAUGACGGCUGUGUGCUCCUGUACCCUGAAUGGCUUUUCUGCCGUGACUAGUCACAUAUCUACUAAGAUUCAUAUGCCCAUAGAGUCCAUAAUCAUAUAUGUUAUUUAUGAUUUACUAAUAUAUUUAAAUGACAUGAAAAGAGCUAGCCUUCAUUGUAACCAACAUCAAGUAAUAAGCCCUAUCUUUAAUGACAUUUCAAAACCUUCAAAUCACUUCUAACAUACUAGUCCAAAGUUGUUCCAGCCAAUUGUCCUCCAGCUUGUGAAGGUUGUGUGACUCAGAGCUAUUGAAACUGCAAACCCCUUAACUACUAGGGGUCUUCUAGCUUUGUUCUUUGUCAUAAACUAUACCCCUGACCAAACCUGGUUACAAAGGCAAGAUUUGAAUCCAUCACCAUUGUCUGAAUAAUAACCUAGAACUCAUGUUUGAACUCCUGGUAAGAAUUCCUGCUAUUGUGGAAAGUAUCCCGUAAUUCAAAUAAAGCAGUCAUAUAAUUUA